AUGUCGUCUACAUCACAGUUUAUCGACAUCUCUGAUCUGACGGCAAGAACAACUGCUUUUGAGCUCGUGGUUUCAAUCUAUUUGAAGUGUUCAUCAGUUCUGGCACAGCAUGAAGCUGCAAAUGGGCGAAUCUCAGGAGGCUCUACGGGUGUUACUAACGAAGCUGAAGAUAUGCAUCCAACAACAGUGUUGUUAAAGCCGUUGCUGUUCGCGUCGCAACUCCAACAGCUGGAACGAGAACGGGUAUUUGAACGCUGCGGACAAGCAAUAUGGCGAGGGGUUGGUCUGUCACAGUGCGCACAAGAGCACGAGCGAUUGUCUCGAUUGAUGGCGCUGCUCCAUUCGAGAAGGCCAAACGAACCAAGCAGUGAUAUGGAGCACAUAAUAGUAUCUGCGCUGACUAGCAAUGAUGCGGUAAAAUUCAAUUCCAGUUUAUUGCCCCUAAUAUAUUACGGCAAAUCUAAUCGAGAAUGA